AUGAGGAAGAUAUCAUUGAAACACAGUCUAACACUAGUCUAUGGGACAAAACUUAAGGUUGACUUGACAGAAUAUGUGGAGAAUCAUGAAUUUGUCUUUGAUGCCGUGCUGAAUGAGGAAGUAUCAAAUGAUGAGGUCUAUCGAGAAACUGUGGAGCCCAUUGUUCCAAUAAUUUUCCAACGCACCAAGGCUACUUGCUUCGCCUAUGGGCAAACAGGCAAGCCUCUUAAGAAUGUGGGGAAGAACUUGCUUGAUUACCUCAUUCAUGCAAAAGUGAAGCUUGGAUUGAGAUGUUUUAGGUUUUGCAGCUACCCAUGGACUUGCCUGAGAGGCAAGGCAGAAAACCGAGAAGAAAGAAUCCAUUGUUGGAUAAAUUUAUUGCUAAUCUGGUUUAACGAAUUCAUUACUAAUAGUAAUAUUUUUGAUUGGUGGUCUGGAGAAAUGAACUGGGCUGUUAAAGCAUCAGUCAGUAACCCUUUUAUGGAAAUGGAAGGCAUGCUCUAG